AUGCCGCCGCCCCCCCCGCACCGCUGCCCUAGCGCCUCUCCUCCCCCCCACGCCGUCACCCUAUCGCUGCCGCCGCCGCCGCCGCCGCUACCAGCACCCGCUCCAUCUCCGACGGCGACCACCGGCACGCCUCCUCCUUCCCUCAGAGGGACCCGGGCCCUUCCAGCAUCCAUGAGGGUGACUUCAGUCCGCUCCUCAACCUCCGAGGAUGACCUUAAGCCCUGCCAAGUGCCACCUCAACGGCUACCUUCGGCUCCCCGGGCCCGCCUGGAGGACGAGCGCGAGGACGAGGUGGUGGUGUUGGCGGUGGCGCGGCCGGGGCCCGUGUGGCCCAAGUGGCCCGUGUGGUCCGUGUUGCCUUGCAGGAGCCGCCAAGCCUGCCGCCCCGGGUGGCCCGUCGGCGGGCACCGGGGCGCCGCCUGCCCAGGGCACGAAGGCAGUGUCGCGUGUGCCUAG